UUUUUUUUUUUGUUAAUGAAACUUCCGACCGGUUUUGUUCGUCAGAACCAUUUUCUAACCGUAAAAUCGGUCAGAAACUUCGAUACAUCAAACCUAAUCGUUCCUCCCCUCUGUGUGCUGCGCCGAAUCAACCAGUUUCUUCACCCCGGCGUGCUCCGAUCUUGCCGUCCGGUCUGUGUCGAUCUCGCCGUCAGGUCUGCGUCGGCCUCUCUCUCUCUCCCCCGAAAUUUUCAGCCGAAAACACGCAAUUUGUGCAGCAAGGCUUCCAAGAAACUUAAGAAUAUGGACAGUGAGGGAGACAUUGGGAAGGAAUCUCUCCUUCUGAUAACACAAGGAGCUGAAGCUAGGGUGUUCGAGUCUACAUUUGUGGGAAGAAGGUCCAUCGUUAAAGAGCGAUUCUCCAAGAAGUAUAGACACCCGAUUCUGGAUGUGAAACUCACACUCAAACGAUUGAAUGCCGAGGCAAGGUGUAUGACGAAAGCAAGAAAGCUCGGAGUUUGUACUCCAGUCCUCUAUGCGGUGGAUCCUCUGCUCCAUUCCUUGACGCUCGAGUACAUCCAAGGCGUCUCUGUCAAAGACGUUUUCCUAGAGUUUGGUGCCAAUGGGAUGAUAGUCGAGGAGGAACAACGGUUGGAUGAUAUAGCUGCUCAGAUUGGUGAGGCCAUCGCUAAGCUCCAUGAUGGUGGCUUGUCUCACGGUGACUUGACCACUUCAAACAUGUUACUCAGAAGCGGUACAAAUCAGCUGGUACUAAUUGAUUUCGGGUUGAGUUUCACGUCGAGCUUGCCGGAAGACAAAGCUGUUGAUCUAUAUGUACUUGAAAGAGCCUUGCUCUCAAUGCAUUCUUCAUGCGGAAACGUGAUGGAUCGUAUACUGACAGCAUAUAGGAAGUCCUCAAAGCAAUGGUCAGCCACGUUUAACAAGCUCGCACAAGUGAGGCAACGAGGAAGAAAGCGUACUAUGAUUGGAUGAGCCAAAGAUCUCCAGUAACUUGUGGCUAUAAACAAAACUUGCUAUUUGGUCCAAUAGAGGGUAGGAAGAUUGUGCCUUUGAAUGUUUAGCACAUGUGCACUGCCUCUGUUUUUAGUAUUUUGAUUACAAUCCAAACAGGACUAUCGUUGUUGUUUCGCAGUCAGUGUGUUAGAGAGUGAGAGUACAAUCCAAACAGACUAUCGUUGUUGUUUCGCAGUCAGUGUGUUAGAGAGUGAGAGCACAUUGUUAAACUCAUUAUAUGACGUAGCUACUUUUCUUUA